AUGGAACAUGUUAAAAAUAUAGACAAACGAUCGGAAAACCAAACUCAACGGAAAAAGGCAAGUCAAACGGAUUCGGCAACGAAGGCAAGGAGGGAGAAGAAGAACAGUGGAGCGGAUGGGUCGUCCACUGAGGGUGAGAUGGUGUCAGGAACGCCUAUCUCGAUGGGGCUCCCAGAGGUCAGUCUGACUCUGGUCUCUGGGAGCCGAAGAGCAUCGGAUCGGCUGCGUUCCGGAUCCGCCGCUUCGUCGGAUGGCGCGGAGGCCAUGGAGGCGGAACGAAGCGACAGCAGGAAACGCGGACGCUCCAGGGAAGAGGGGACCGAUACGUCCGGCGAAAUGAUGCCACCAAAGGUGGCAAGCAGCCGCCGAGGGAGGGCGCGUAAACCGGCCUCGGCCUCGGUCUCGACCCCGUCAGGCUCCGCGUUCUCAAACGCGGAGUCCUACAGGAGCGUACGAGUGGACGGCGAGGCCGUAGCGGAGGAGGAGAUCGCGGAUCUCCUGCUCAAGGUUCGGGAGCCGGUGGGGGGAAAUGCCCCCCCAGGCUCCCGUGUCCGUGCAGGAGGAGGGCGAAAGCGGGCGGGUGGCCGUCAUCAACAAGGUGGCCACCAAAUCCGUGAACCUUAA